AUGGAAAAAACAACUUAUGAUGAAAUAUUACAGAAGUUAGCUUCAAAUGAGAUAUAUAUAAAAUUAAUAUCUGAGAACAAUAAAUUAAAUAAUAAUUUCAAUUACAAUAUAUUUGAUUCGGUAAGAACUAAAUAUAAAGCUAAUUAUAUUAAUCGUGAAAAUGUUGCAAGAAAUUUAAAAAAAAUACCUGAAAAAAAUAAAUUAUGGAACUAUAAUUGGCGUUGUUUAUAUUAUAUAUACUGUGUAUAUGAAAAAAUAAGCAAAUUCAUGGAAAACAAUUCAUCAAAUACUGAUGUAACAGAUGUUGUUACUAAAAUUCAUAAUACCCAAAAUUCUGUUAUCGAGGAUUAUAGGAUAUUAAAUUGCAGUUAUAAUUUUGAUGACGAAAUUUUAAGGGAAUUGUAUAAUAGAAAAAGUGAGAGAUAUUUGUAUGAAUAUUUUGCAUAUUAUGAGAGUAUUAAAAGUAAACAUUUUUGUAUUUCUGGUGUGAUUGAUAAAUCUAAGAAAUACUUUAAUGCUAUUAAAAGUUUCUAUAAUGGAAAAAGGAGGGAAUAUUGUGAGAAAAAUAUAUCAAAGUUUCCUAAUUAUUUUUUGAACUGUGGUAAUGAGUUUGAUCUAGGAAAAAUAUUAUCUAAAUUCGAUUUUGAAAAUAAGCAAGGUUGUAAUGGACUAAAAAGUAUUAUAUAUAAAACGACUGAAGAUAAUCCUGAUUCUACGCCAAUAAAUGAAGAAUUCUUGAAGUCAAUUUAUUUAACUGCAUGUUCUACUGUGAGUAAUGGGGAAUCUUCACCAAAUAAUGAUGGUAUGUCAUGUAAUUUAUUCGGAGAAAAUGUCAAACAAAGUUUUAGUACGACUGCAGCUGGAAGUGCUGAACUACAAGAUAUCCAUGGAAAUGUUUCUUCAGAUAUUCAAGUAGCAAUAUCCAGUACGUAUUUAGCAGAAGUUCUAUCUGAAAAAAAUAGGAAAGAAGUGGGUGAUAAUAAUCAAGGAGAAAAAAAUAAAAUAUCAUUUGACGAAAUCAAAUAUAAUGAAUUUAGAUGGAAUUUUGGAAGCGGAGAAAUGUAUUGUCUACGUAACACACGAGAGAAUGAUAAGAACGGAAAAUGUGUAUAUUUAGAAGAAUUGAUAGACGAUGGUUUUUUUAUAAAAGAAAAAGUUUAUACAGGUUACAAAUUUACAGCAGGAAAAAAAUGGGAUCUCCAAUAUUUAGCAAGAGCAGUUAACAAGAAAAUAGAAUGGAAAUCAUUGAAAUCGAUGUCACCAAUAUUUAAAGAUUCAAGAAAUUUCCAAGUUGUAUAUCCUAAUAAAGCUACGAAUACAGAUAUUUGUAAUACAUAUGGACAGAUAUUUUCUAGAAAAGAUGAAGAAUAUAAUACAUUAAACAACACAUUUUUUCGUAUGUCUAUGGUAGUUGUUUUAGUAAUGGGAUUAAUUUUUGUGAUUUUCCUUUAUUACAAAUUUACUCCUUUUGGAUCAUAUGUGAGUAAAAUUAGAAAAAGGAAAAAACGAGAUUGA